CUCAUAUUUCAUGACGUCAACAUUAUGCGCCACUCAUUCAAGUUUUGCUGUGUAAUCUGAGUAAACGAACGAGGUUGCGUUGUUGCUCAGGCAAAACUUUACUUUAAAAUUGUUACAGUAUGGAAUAUUUGAUCGGAAUUCAGGGACAAGACUUUGUCCUAGUUGCUGCUGAUAAUGUUGCAGCCAACAGCAUCGUUAAGAUGAAACAGGGUAUGACAUUGCUCGUUUGCAGUUAGUUAGCCAGCUAGCUAACGUUAUUUAGAACUCAUUUGUAAAAUGUUUAAAAUCAGCAAAAUGUCGUAAAUAUUUGUUUCAUACAUUUUUUGUUUUGAGUCAUAUGCUAAAAAAUGUAUUAGGAUUGUUGUUACCUAGCUAGCUAAGCAUACUAGUUUACAUGUUAUGAGUUAACAGUAGUUUAGCAAGCUAGUUAGCUAGUAAGCCUCCUCCCUGGCCAAUGAGUCGAGAUCAGAAAAGCGGACACUAGCUACCUAACUGAUGUGGCUUCCAGUUAUCACCAAAGUUUGUUUGAUAACAAUUGUGUUGGACUAGUUAGUAAGCUUGCUAACUUGCAUGUCCACAAACACCAAACAGUGAUUUGCAGAUUCGCGCUAGCUACCUAAAAAGGCUAGCCAGUGUGCCUGCCAGCCAUCUAGCUAACUCGCUUCAUUCAAUUGUGAAAGUGAAAGUCAGCGAGGAGUGCACGCACAACAGCAGGCCCAGAUUACUAUCAAAAUGACUUUCAAUAUUUUCCGCUAAGUAAAAAAAUCUGAAAGAGUAGAACUAUUUGUAAUCAAACUAACUUCAAGAAUGUAUUAUUUUGCUUUAGUAUUUCCAUACAUCAUGUUGAACAUGUCACUGGAGUGUAUGUGAUUAAAUAACGAACACCUUGUCUGUCGACCUCAGACCAAGACAAGAUGUUCAAGCUGAGCGAUAAGAUUCUGUUGCUAUGUGUGGGAGAGGCAGGAGACACAGUACAGUUUGCGGAGUAUAUUCAGAAGAAUAUUCAGCUGUACAAAAUGAGGAAUGGUAAGUGCCACCCAUUUCUUGUUUCUCUGGUGUCAAAAUAAAGAUGGCCUAGUACUACUUGUGCCACCACCACUGACAUGUGGAUUCAAUACUCGUUACGAAUAUUGAAUGAACAUUUAAUUUAUUAAUGUUUUCCCCCCGGUUAUGUGCUACCCAAUGGUGACUUCUGAUAGGGCAUUCCUUUCAUUUUGACUCUGUCUUUCAGGUUAUGAACUCAGUCCAACAGCUGCAGCCAACUUCACACGCAAGAACCUUGCAGACUACCUUCGAAGCAGGGUAAUUAUUUAAUGUGGACCAAUGCUUUUUUUAUUUCCAAUGUAGCCCAGCCUACCAUACUACGAUACUCCUAAAUUGCUCUGUGCUAUUGCCACUUAGCCUAUGUCUAGGCAGGGCAAACACGUUUUGGUGAUUUCUGGUAUGUCAUCAAAAUAAAUAAAUCACAGCACAUUUUUGAACUCAUUCAGCAGUUUUUCCUGAAUAAGUACAAUACCGUUGGAAGUUAAUGUUGAAAGUUCAAUUUAUACUUAUCAAAAAUAUAAACGCAACAUGCAAUCAUUUCAACGAUUUAAUUGAGUUGAGGUUCAUAUAAUGAAAUCAGUCAAUUUAAGUAAAUACAUUUAAUCAAAUCAAAUUUUAUUUGUCACAUGCGCCGAAUACAACAGGUGAAACUUACAGUGAAAUGCUUACUUACAAGCCCUUAACCAACAAUGCAGUUUUAAGAAAGAAUACCAAAAAAAACACACACAAAAAUACAAUAUAAAAUAAUACGAAAUGAAAGUAACAAAUAAUUAAAGAGCAGCAGUAAAAAUAACAAUAGCGAGGCUAUAUACUGGGGGUACCAGUACCGAGUCAAUGUGCGGGGGCAACGGUUAGUCGAGGUAAUUGAGGUGUAGCCCAGCCUACAGGUCCUAAUCUAUGGAUUUCACAUAACUGGGCAGGGGCGCAGCCAUGGGUGGGCCUGGGAGGGCAUAAUCCCACCCCUUCGGAGCCAGGCCCAACCACUGGGGGCAGGUGUACGUACUGCCAAAUAAUCUAAAACGACGUUGGAUGCAGUUUAUGGUAGAUAAAUGAACAUCUCUGGCAACAGCUCUGGGGGACAUUCGUGCAGUCAGCAUGCCAAUUGCAUGCUCCCUCAACUUGUGACAUCUGUGGCAUUGUGUUGUGUGACAAAACUGCACAUUUGAAUGGCCUUUUAUUGUCCCCAGCACAAGGUGCACCUGGGUAAUGAUCAUGCUGUUUAAUCAGCUCCUUGAUAUGCCACACCUGUCAGGUGGAUGGAUUAUCUUGGCAAAGGAGAAAUGCUCACUAACAGGGAUGUAAACAAAUUGUGCUCAAAAUUUGAGAGAAAUAAGCUUUUUGUGCAUAUGGAACAUUUCUGGGACCUUUUAUUUUAGCUAAUGGAACAUGGGACCAACACUUAACAUGUUGCCUUCAGUAUAUAUUCCUAAAAUUUAAAUUGAAAAUGAUGAUACUUCCUGUUGACAUGAGAUAUUGAUAAAUAGCCCAAUGUCAAAACACAGUUUUAAAGUGUCCAAGUCAAUAUCCAAUAUACAGAAACAGUUUGUGAUAUAUUGAAAACAUAAUCAUAAAAUGUACUAUCUACACAUACAUGUGCAACAAUAGUGAUCAUAUUACUUGUCUUUUUUUUAAUGAACACCUUAUAAACUGCACACGCACCAAAAACCAUGUUAUUUUGUCAAGUGGCAAUAAAUCACUGAUCAAUUGGGGGGGGAAACCACAUGGAAACUGGAUAUAGUUUUACAUAACUGGUUAGAGGAAAACCUGCAUAGCACAGUCGGCUACAUUUUGGAAUGUUGCAUUUUAAUAAGGGGGUCACCAAAACAGAAAGAAAAACACAACACUGUGUUGUCAAUCAUGCCUAUCGAUUAUCACGUUGAAAUCAAUUGCGCAAGAGGGGGAAGAAGAGGUUGCACGUCCUGUUAAAACUAACACCGCUCAAAAACCACACAGAAUCUGGGAAUAAUGUGUAUAUCGCUGGUUAGAGGGCCAUUUGUAGAUGACAGCUAGCUACAUUUUGAAGUGUUGCAUUUUGAUUCAAGUAGGUCGCCAAUGCGGAAAGUGAAAGGCAACACUUUUUUUGUUAAUUACUUCCAUCGAUAUCACGCUGAAAUCAGGGGGCAAACAUUUGCGGUGUAGCGCUCUUUAAACUAACACUAUUCAAAGGCUACAGAAACAGAACCAAAAAAGUAAUAAUUUUGUUUCAAAUUAAAGUUCUGACCACCCAAAAAAAGUACUGGUUUGUAUCGUUCCUUUUUUAACCUGGGAAAUCAAGUUUUUUUUUACAUUUAGCUCAUUAAAUUACAAUCAGUGCGGAUAGUUAAGGCAAGCUAGUUGUUUACAUGGGUGAUAGACAUACAAGUGUAGCAAAUGGCUCAAGAUGCAACUGAACUUUUGUGGGUGGGGAGGGAGCGAGAGUGGGUAGAGGAGGCGGCUUGAAGCGCUGGGCAUCUUGUUAUGACAUGUAUUAUAUGAAUUAGGUCCACAGAAUUAUACCUAGGAGGAGCGGCUUCUAUGGAGGAACUUUGAAUGUCCUUUGAGCUAGCUAGCUAACAAGCUUGUGUGUGCAGAGAGGCACCAGAAUUAAAAACACGUCUUCUUUUUAUAUGUCGUUAAUGAAUCCAACGUGAUAAGUAGGCCUAUAGUAUCCUUAAUUAGCAUUGAAAAGUUAAUCCACUCUUCUCUAGCUAUAGUGUCAAAAAAGUAGGCCAUUGCCACUUUAAGAAUAAUGCAUUUUUAGGCCUUGCUAAUGCAUUGAUAGUCAAAUUAUUACUACAUUCUAAAAUAUGUGAUCUAUAUACAAAAAAAACAGUCCGACAGCUAGAUCCAGGAUUCUUACAGGGUUCAAGUUCAAUGUCUAAUUUAACUGAUUAAUACUUAAUAUAUGAUAUAUAUGAUAUAACUACAACUUACACUGCCAUAAAUGUAAGGACAGAAAAGUAAUGUUUUAUGUCACACGAUUUUGGACAAAUCUUUUAAGACACCAACCAUGAGAAAGGGUUAAACAGGUGAAUUUUAUUAAAUAUACCUAUGUUCCCCCCUUAUAGCUUAAUGUAAUGACAUGAAAAAAAUUGGCAGAUAAUAUCAAUGACUUAUCAACAUCUAUAACAAGUUGUCCAGCGUAAGAAAUCCUCACUGGUACCCUAGUUUAUAGAAAGACCUAUAGACACUUUGUUGUGGCACUAUAAAAAAAUGCCUGGAACAUAAAAUAACGUUAUUAACUGGCUCCCAUGCUUUUAAAAUAACGGUUCUGUUCCGGAACAGUAUGGAUCACUUUCGUUCCGUUUCUGUUCCUUGAAGAAUGUUGUUAUUUUCCUGUUUUCGGUUCUGAUCCCUGAACCGCUUCCAGCCCCUGGUUUUAAGCGCUUGAUCAUGUGUCAUCGUGUUGACUAUAAACGUUUAUACUAACAUCACCAAUCUCAGGUUUUAAAAAAAAAGGAUGUGUAAUUACCCCCAAUUCGAUGUGGUCAAAACGUCAGCUUGUGUAAUGUAGUAACACAUACUGUCCACAUGAAAAGUAGCGUAAUAUACAAUAAUUAGAUAUGACAAAAUAAUCUUAAUUUAGGAUAGUGAAUGAAGCAAACGCACAGAUUUGUUCAAUAAUCACAUAGCUAUAUUUCUCACUAGUUUAACCAUUUUAAAGAUUUAAAAAAUGCUCGUAAGCACAAUUUAACCAGGAACUCUAGACUAGAGCGUCCAUAGGGUCUGUGCAGCAGGCUGAAUGUUUGACGUCCCUACUAUGUCACAUAUUCAGGUAGGAAUUCAGUCUAACGGACCUGCGACACUUAACUUUUGCAGCGCGUGAAACAUUCCCAUUGUUUUCGAAGAAAACUGGGCACAAGCAUGCUUGCCUCUUCCAGUGAAGCAGCUAUAAAACCUACUGCUGUCAUGACGCGCUAGUGAACCACAUGUUACACUCAUUUUGUCUCUGUUGUGUACCUCUACUAUAUCAGUUUGAGAUGUGGGCAGCGAGUUUAUUUUGACUGAUCCAGAGACAUUUGUCUAGGUUGUGAAUUGGCCUAAGUGUCACUCCAGUCUCAAGGGCACACAACACCUGCGGCAGAAAUGUAAUAAUGCAACCCACCGGGUCCCUGUCCUACCACUCCCUGGAGUGAAGCAUUGAACGUGUGUGUUUGUGUGUGUGCGAGAAGGAAAGUGUGGGAAGAACACGGGUGUCAAGUCUCCUCGUAUCCAUCCCUCUAAAUCUCAUCUGGUUGCGGCGAGGUUAAUAUGUUAGGAAGAGUGCAGCCGCUGCCUGUCACAAUAGCAGAAGGAUGAAAAUAAUUACAAAAAACAAUUAGUGGGGCUGAGGAGGGAAUGUGGGACACAAGGAGGGGGGAGCCGAGGGAGUGGGAGGCUAGAAAGGGGGCAGUCCCAAGGGCUUUGAACUAGACCCAGAAGUCAACAUGGCACAGAAGGGCGUGUGCAAGCGGGAGUCGGUGUUACAGUUUGGCUGAUGCUGGUUCAAUAUGUGCUUUAGAUAUUGGAUAACAUUACAACAUAUUUCGAAAUUCAUGCCUGCCCAAAGGCAGUAAUAUCAUUAUUUUGUACCCUGUGGUACAAAUAUAUCCUUGUUUAUGUAUAUUGAAUUUCCAUACGCGGUUCUCGCAGGGCUUCCAAAAGUAUUGAGAAUUUUGUAUUUAAAGCAGUUUCUUCUCGACAUCCCACACCUUCCUUUAGCUGUGCUCUCCAAUUCACACCCACCCCAGAGUAUAUGGACGUGCACAUAUGUUAUAUAAACAUGUUUUCCACUCCUUCCGGAGCAUUUAUGAAUGUUGUUUCUCUCUCGUCCACCUGAGUGGAGGGUCGCUAAGCUGUUAAGUGAAGAGGAUGUCUCUUGUGGUUUGAAACCUCAGGGGAUGAGUGGUGGUGAUAGAGCUUGGCAUUGGGGGGGGGAUCAUGCACUGUGUACCUACCAGGAAUCCAGAAUAACAACUGGGCCUCUCGAUAACCCCAGGUGUGAGCACCAAGCUUCAGAGAUGGUAUGAGAGAAGGGAAGUCAGAAGUCAACUGCAUUAUGUAUUUCAAAAACUCUAUUCUUAAAAUAGACAGCACAGCCACUGUUCUCGUUUAAAAUGGUGAUGGACUUUACAGGCUUUCUCAGUCAUAUGUAGCCUGUUGGGUUGUAUCCAAAAGAACAACUAAGCCCUCUUCAUUAUUUAAAGAUUUAGCAAAAAGACCACGGCAACAGUUUGUCUGGUGCUAGUGUUGCAUAUGGGGUUUUCUUUUUUAGUACAGCACGGUCACAAAUAAUUACUAGUGCCAUAUUGCACAUGACUCCCCUGUUCCAGCACAGAUGAACAAUUAAUACAGCAGAUUGAGGGGAAAUGCCAAUAAAGAGAACAUGUCCUGGGGCACGGUGCAAAGAGGAGGAGGGAAGGAAAGAGGGAGCGAGCGCUGGCACGUGGAAGAGGAGAUGGAGAAUGAGCGGGGCUGAUUUACUACGGUUCACUUCUUUCAUCACCAGACCCAACCAUACAUCCUUCCUUUUUAGUUGAAUGCCUAAUACAGUUGGACACCCCAUCUCUGGUGUGUGUGUGUGAUGAGGUUCUUUUGAAGACGUAUGUGUUUGUGACUUGGCGUGAGUUCAGGUGCUGGAUUUAACAAGCCUGCUGGCUGGAGGCUGGUGCCCUCUGAGGUGACAUGUGGAGGAAGGGUUAUUUUGAUGCCAGCUCCAGCACUGUAUUGUUACGUUGUAACCUGUGAGACAGGUGUCGCUCGGGUGAGUGGGGGUGACGCCACUGGGGUGUUCCGGGGCACACCAAUGGGUUCAGGCAUGGCCUGGCAAGACACACACAGGGAGCAUGGUAAGUCAGCCCUUCUUUCCACUCUUGCAAGGGUCUCACACACACACAUACACAAAUUGAUACUAGGGGCAGGUGUUCAGAUUACAGUAGGUUACUGCAGCUCAGGUGGUGUCACAUUAGACAUCCACUGUGUCUCUCUCCCUCUCUCUAGGACUGGGUUCAUAUGCAAAGCUUAGCUGCUGAAUUGUAGCAUUCGUUUCGUAGCAUCAGUGUGUUUAACUCAUUUUAACUGGAAACUCUACAAUUGUCAAACGUCAAUCCAGGGCGCGACGCCAUGACUGCUUUCUGAAACUUCAAUUUGUCCUGAUAGAGGGAUUAUAACAAGGAGGGAGGCUAGUGAAAGGGGAGUAUUGCGAACGCGGAGAAGAGAUUGAAACGGAGUGGCUAGAAGGGUAAAAAGUAAUUUAAGGGAAAGGGAAGGAGAGAGGGAGACAACUUCAGAAGUUUUUAAUGAGCCCUGGCGUUACUCCAGGGCAUAGGGUGAAGGCGGGAGUAGGGGGGGAGAGGAGGGAGGCGAUGGAGGGAGCAGCGGGGGUCCGUUUCCCAGCAGAUGUCACACUGCCAGUGACACCACCACCCCCCCUCCUCAGUCCUCUCCGACACCCCUCCCACCUAACCCAGGUCGCGGCAGUUUCACACCCCUUCCCGUACUCUUGUACGGCUGCUGCUGUUGUUUUAUCUCCCAAAAUCAAAGCUAUUAAUAGCAGCGAUGUUUGAACAAGCUGAAGUGCCGCUUCAGUGUCUGUGGCACCCAGCUUGUGCAUUGAUAGUUUAGUGUGCUGACCAUAGAGAGAAAUCAUUAGAGAAAGUGUAUUAUGAAAUAAUUUAGUCUCUAUGGUACUGACUAUUGGUCGCUGUCGUAGCACCAACCUUGGAGGGUAAUAACAGAGGAAGAGAAAACGGCACAUUGUUGUUCGGAUGUGGACAAAUAAUUGUAUUGUGUGUAUUAUAAUUUUGUGUUUAUCGUCCAUCACAUCCCCAUCGUGAGAAAAUUGUCAUAACACGAUAAUAUCAAGAUAUCGCGAUAAUAUGGUUAUAGUAUCGCAAUAAUAAUCACAAUUGUUUUCCAUAUCUUCACUGACCCAUGCCUCUUCUCUUCUCUCACCAGACUCCCUACCAUGUGAACCUGUUGCUGGCUGGGUUUGAUGAGACAGACGGCCCAGGGCUCUACUACAUGGACCACCUGUCUGCUCUUGCCAAAGCCCCCUUCGCUGCCCAUGGCUACGGAGCCUACCUCACCCUGUCCAUCCUCGACCGCUACUACAGACCAGGUGGGAUCUCUAUCUCUUUCUCCAUCCACAUCUUUUACUGUUCCUCUAUUUUAUUGCCCUCUUUAUAUCUCCUUUUUGUCCUCUUUCUGCCUCCGUCUCUCACUAUCUUCUGUUCUAAUCCUCUUGUCUGUUUCCCCUAUUUUCUCUCUCUGUAUUCUUCACUCUCUCAACACUGUAACUUAAUAUUAAAUGAUUGAAGAGUUAUUGUAUUUAAGUUAAACUUCAUCCGAACGUGAAGCUAACCAUAUUUCUCUCUCUUCCUGUCUCCCUCUAUCUCUCUAAUCACUUUCAUGCUUCAGAUCUGACUCGUGAUGAAGCUAUGGACCUGCUGAAGAAGUGCAUUGAGGAGGUGAGCUCGGUUCUUUUAUCUGAAUAAUAAUGGCAGUGUGCUUCAUCACCACCUUCUCAUUAGUUUGUUUCAAGUCAUCACAUUUGGAAAUGUUGCUGUGAUGCUCAUUGUAGUUGGAUAAUCACACUCAGCAGUCGGGUGCAUGUUACUUUAAUUUGUCAAAUUGAGAUGUCUUUAUAUUAGAAAAAUGACAUUUUGUGUAAUUUUGAGAGAACUGUUCAAUGAACAGAAAAUAUCAGCCAUAACAUGCAAAUAGCUUUUUCUCCUAUAUUCCAGUGCCGCCACUUGCAUUGGUGUGAUAUGACUCAUGACCUAACUAACUCCCCUCCCUCUCUCUCUUUCUCCUCCAGCUGAACAAGCGCUUCAUCCUCAACCUGCCCUCCUUUAGCGUCCGUUUGAUUGACAAGGACGGCAUCCAUGACCUGGAGAAGCUUACCCCUGUGGGCGCCAAGUGACCGCUCACUGCUUACCCCUAAUGCCCACAUUUUUGUACCGUAGACCUUGCUCUUUAUGUUCCAAUAAAACGUGACGCGCUGUUGAGAUAUCUUUGUCCUCGUGGUGCUUUCCUCAGUGUCCCCUAUAAAGAGAACAGCCUUCUGGCUGUGUACACUGUAAUCUGUGUGCGCGCCUCUGUGUUUUAUGUGUCCUGUACGUGCAUAGUCGACCAUGAGAAAGUGAAAAGCCAUAUGAUCAGAAAUGAAUAAUGAUUAUAACAUGGAAUUUAAAUAAUAUAUUUAUAAUAAUGAUGGACCUUUCAUCUAAUAAAUGUAUCUAAAUUAAAUGUGGGUAUUUUCAUGAGAC